AUGGAACAAUCCAGUCGUCCCACGCGGCCAUCGCUCGGCCAAAUGCGCAGCAGCUCGUUCCUGCAAGAUCACCAACAAUACAAGCCGAUGGCACCAAUCAACCAAAUCAACCAAAACAUCGGAGAGGUUCUAGCAAACCAAGUGGACGACCUAGCCCUGAACGCCAACCCGAUCAAGCCCGAUCCCGAGCGCGUCACCGAGAGCGGAGUCAUCCACAACAUCUUCAACCACCACGAGAACCCUCUCCCAAGCGGCACGGCACAGAUCGUCGCGACUAUCUACUACAAAUCCGCAACCCCAGUCCACCCCCACUACCACCCUGAUGCCUCGCCUGAUCCCACCGCAGAGAUCCCAGCUCCCACUGUCCCUGAGGGCUCAGCACCAACGGAAGAUAUGGACAAGUUCCCCCGCGAGCCUCCCGCGCCAGAGCCGGAACCACUCGACCACCUGUACGGCCCGUACGUCUCGCAGAUGUGUUUGACCAACUUCCUCCAGAUCCUGGAGUCCCUUCCUACGCCUUACCAGCGCAUGAACACCUCGCACCGCUGUCUGGACCGUGAGGAACACCCCCGCGUCGUGGAGGUCACUUUCUCACCCCCGCCAAACCCGGAUUACCUCUCGUUCCCGGAUCUGCGGAAGCACGAGAGUAUCUGGCGCUUUGAGCGGGAGUGGAAUGUCGAGGUUGUCUUGCAGCAGGAGAGUGUGUUCCGUCGCCACAAGCGUCUUGCUGUCUUCGAUAUGGAUAGCACCCUCAUUGACAAUGAGUGUAUUGAUGAGAUUGCCAAGUUCAUCGGUGUUGAGAAGCAGGUCUCUGACAUCACCGAGCGCGCUAUGAACGGCGAGCUGGACUUCUCUGCAUCUCUGCGCGAGCGUGUCGGUCUCCUCACCGGUGUCCCCGCGGAUGUCUUCGAGAAGCUCAAGUCUGUCCUGAAGAUCGCCAAGGGUGCCCGUGAGCUGUGCCGCGCAUUGAAGACCCUCGGCUACACACUUGCUGUUGUCAGCGGUGGAUUCCAGCCCCUAGCCGAGUGGCUAGCCGCACAGCUGGGCAUCGACAUUGCCGUUGCCAACCACCUUGAAAUCGACGAGGCCACCCAAACCCUAACCGGCAAGCUGGUCCCCUCAUACCCAAUCAUUGAUGCAGCCCAAAAGCGCACACUCCUGAAGUCCUUUGCUGCCGAGCGCAAUAUCCCCAUUGCGCAAACAAUGGCCGUUGGCGACGGCGCCAAUGAUCUGCUAAUGCUUCACGCUGCAGGUCUGGGCGUGGCAUGGCGUGCCAAGUCCAAGGUCCAGCUGGAAGCCCCUACCCGCAUCAAUGGCGAGAGCCUGGUCGACGUUCUCUACCUGCUUGGCAUGGAUAACGAUGACAUUGCGGAGCUGACCUCUCAAUGA